AUGGCAGGAAUCGUUAACGGACCUCUUUCUCUCUUCCGCAAGUCGGACUCUUCAAAACCUCUCCAUGCUCGUUGGGGGGACGUGUCUAUCUCUGUACCCACAGAUGGCUCAUGGAAUCAAUACGAAAAUCCCCAUCGACCCGUCAAAGAGAAAUCAGCAUACGGACCAGGCUACGUGCCCGACUGCUCUCUGCAAGACCGGAAUUCCCGCCCAGUGAAAGAGGACGAUCCAGAAGAUGAUGCCAGAAGCGUCUGCAGUGCAGCUUCAACAGCUUCGCGACGGAGUUCACUAUCCUUAGGAGGCCUGCGACCGGGCCGGCUCUCUGUACGCCUCGCUUCGCGUCCUAGACAACUACGGGGCAAAUCACAAAUGGAAAGAGACGCCCAACACUCCGAGGAAAAACGAAAUGAGUUUGCAUAUCGACCCAUUCAACAAGACUACAACUCCGAAGUGGUCGAAAAGACCACUCAGCCCAGCAAUCGCUUCAAGUAUAUUCCGACCAACGGACGGUAUAUUCAAAGCCCAGGCAUUGAGGCUACACGCAACGCCCACUCGCGGCGCGGCUCGUCAUCCGAUUUGAUUGAUCACCGAUACAGCGGUCGCGAUCGUGAUCAAUACACUCCGGCCGUCCGAGUGAGCAACUACCACGAGGACGACCGUCGCAGUCUGUAUUCUAACAUUGGUGAUAAUUCGGAUAGUCCUAGUUCGCAGCGGAACUAUGGACUGCCGUCUAGACCACGGAUGUCACCUUCUUUUGCGGCUGAUAGCAGGAGAGCUUCUUCAAUCUCGAAGCCUAUGACGUUAGCUAUGGUACCUGAUCCCGAUAAUCUCUAUGAGUAA